GCUGCCGCGGCCCUGACGAGCGGUGCCGUUUGCUUCCCCUUCGGCCAAGUGCAGGGAGCGGGCGGCGGCGGGGAGCGGCGCCGGGCAGGAGGUGCUGCCGCCGCCCUGAAGUCGCGGCGGCCCCGAGGAGCGGGCGAUGGAUGGGGACGGUGAGGCGGAUCUCUGCAACGACAAGGCGGUGCCGCGGUGGAAGAGGAGGUCGAUCCCCCGGCCGCAGCCCCGCGCCUGGAGCAAACCCCGGCCCCAGUCGUACCAGAGCCCCAACGGGGUGCUUUUCACCGACUUUCCCGUGGAGGACAGGUGCACCUUCACCGUGACUCAGCCUGCCGGCACCGUCAGCACCUGCCCGGGCAGCGGAGCGCUCCGAAGGGGCCCCUCGUUUUUCAGUUCCAGCAUGGGAUCGGUGUCCAACGGGAAGGUACGGCCUCCAGCCUGUAAAGCGGUCUCCCCCGAGCUGUCUCCUGAGCGGUCCUCCCAGGUCCUCGCUCUGGUUUCGAACAGUUCUGUCGGUUUUACUGCCAACGGCACCAUUACCUCACCAGGAAGCCAGCUGGGUCAUCCCCUGCGGAUUUCCAGUCAGUCAGCACUUACACCGCAGCAAGAGCAGAUUGUUUUUACAGCCAGCCCUCAGCCCUCACCUCCUGGAAAGGCACCUUCCUCCAGUAACAACGACGCGGCAGCGCUGCCCUUGCAAUGCAGCCGGGUUUCCAAAAUACCAGAAAAAGUGCCGCCGGGGUCCCCCAUGGUUUCCCAGGCGAUGUCCCCAGAGCAAGGCGUAACUCCUCACAGGCCGGCGUCCCCUCAGGACCAGCCCGUGGAGCAGCAGCCCGUGGUCCUGAGCACUAACAGCCCCGCCGCUCUCAAAGUGGGCACGCAGCAGAUCAUUCCCAAGAGUUUGGCUUCCGAAAUAAAGGUGACGAGCAAAGCCAACAGCCAGAACGCGGAGACGAGCAAGAGGGUGCUGAAGGUCCGCAGCAUGGUGGAGAGCCUCAGCGUGCCUUUGGUAGCCGAUGUUGAGGAAGAGGCCGAGGGCGACCUGGACAGCCCAGGGACCCUGAGGCGAGGCCUGAGGUCGACGUCCUACCGCAGAGCGGUGGUGAGCGGCGUGGACUUCGACGGCUCUUCUAAUUUUAAGAAAAAAAACAGAAUGUCGCAGCCCAUACUUAAAGCAGUUGUUGAAGAUAAAGAGAAAUUUUCGAGCCUGGGGAGGAUAAAGAAGAAAACGCUGAAAGGACAAGGGACUUUUGAUGGGGAAGAAAAUGCUGUAUUAUAUCAGAACUAUAAAGAAAAAGCUCUGGACAUAGAUUCUGAUGAAGAGUCUGAGCCCCGAGAGCAGAAAUCGGAUGAAAAGAUUGUUUUUCACUAUAAGCCCCUGAGAUCAACAUGGAGUCAGCUGUCCGUUGUAAAGAAGAAUGGAUUAUCGGAAGCGAUCAGCCAGGAAGAAAGAAAAAGACAGGAGGCGAUAUUUGAAGUGAUAUCUUCUGAGCAUUCAUAUUUGCUGAGCUUGGAGAUUCUGAUCCGGAUGUUUAAAAAUUCCAGGGAACUGAGCCUCACAAUGACCAAAACGGAGAGCCAUCACCUUUUCUCCAAUAUCACGGAUGUUUACGAAGCAAGCAAAAAGUUCUUUAAAGAACUUGAAGCAAGACAUCAGAACAACAUCUUUAUUGAUGAUAUUAGUGAUAUAGUUGAAAAGCACACUUCUUCAACAUUUGAUCCGUAUGUAAAAUACUGCACCAAUGAAGUCUAUCAGCAGCGAACACUGCAGAAAUUACUAGCCACAAAUCCAGCAUUUAAAGAGGUGUUGUCACGGAUCGAGUCCCAUGAAGAUUGCCGGAAUUUACCAAUGAUCUCUUUCCUCAUUCUUCCCAUGCAGAGAGUUACUCGUCUUCCCUUACUGAUGGAUACUAUUUGUCAGAAAACUCCUAAGGAUUCAGCAAAAUACGAGAACUGCAAGCAAGCUCUGAAAGAAGUGAGCAAGCUGGUGCGUUUAUGCAACGAAGGUGCUCGGAAAAUGGAACGGACAGAAAUGAUGUACACAAUUAACUCCCAACUGGAAUUUAAAAUCAAGCCAUUUCCAUUGGUUUCCUCUUCACGAUGGUUAGUGAAAAGGGGCGAAUUAACAGCAUAUGUAGAAGACACUGGACUUUUUUCUAAAAGAACUUCUAAACAGCAGGUGUACUUCUUCUUCUUUAAUGAUGUCCUCAUUAUCACCAAGAAGAAGAGUGAAGAGAGUUACAAUGUCACAGAUUAUUCUUUAAGGGACCAGCUGGUGGUACAACAAUGUGACGGUGAGGACCUGACUUCGUCUCCUGUAAAGAACGCUUCAAAUAUGCUCUACUCGCGGCAGAGUUCUGCAGCUCACCUCUUCAGACUAGCGGUCCUCAGUAACCAUGCAGGAGAGAAGGUGGAGAUGCUCCUGGGAACAGAGACUCAGAGUGACAGAGCUCGCUGGAUUACAGCGCUUGGACAGGACAGAGACCGGCAGAAAACGGACAGGACAACUUUGACUCAGGUAGAGAUCAUCAGAACUUACACAGCAAAGCAGCCAGAUGAACUGUCUCUUCAAGUUGCUGAUGUUGUUUUGGUUUAUCAAAAAGUAAAUGAUGGUUGGUAUGAAGGGGAACGAUUGCGGGAUGGCGAAAGAGGUUGGUUUCCUAUGGAGUGUGCUAAAGAAAUCACAUGUCGUGCCACGAUUGACAAGAACAUGGAACGGAUGGGACGCUUACUUGGACUUGAAACCAACGUGUAGACCGUUUUUGCUUCUUCAUAUUAUACUACAGGAUUUGCACUAACUGCAAAGGGUUGCAUGCCCUUCAGCUCUUGCAUGGAAGAUGUGGGUCACCAAUGCAAAAAAUCUAGUUCACAGAGCACUGAUGUGUCGGAUACUCAUCCCUUUUUGUUUUGCGUUUUGAGAGCUCUGAACUGAAACCUGGCUUGACCAGUAGCAGAUUUCAACUAGAAGUAGUUUCUUAGGCACUGGAGAUCAGCCGUGCAUCUUUUUGACUCAACUUUAGUUCCUCCAUCCCUGCCUCUUUAUGUAUUCUUUCUCCAGCUGUUUUUGAGCAUUUUCACUUUUUCAGAAGCAGAACUCUGUGUAGCAGUCUGUGUAGGAGACUGAACACCAGAAACUCUCCCAGUCCAUUGAGCUGGAGGUGAAUAGCAAUAUUGAGGGUUUCCUGCUCCUAAGAAACUGCAGUGUUACAUUCCCAGUACGAGCGAGUAUGUUAAUGGGAUACCUCCCAGUUGUGUCAAAAUCUGUGUGUAACCUGAACUAGAAUAACCAACCCUGUAAUUCAUAAAGGCCUACCUCUCCAGCACAAAUCCAGGGACAUCCCAGGCUUUGUAAGAAGUAACUAGAUCUCUAAUCAAUGUUAGUAAAGCUGACAUAAGCUCCAGGGAAGAAUCCAGAGAAGUGCCUCCAGUGGUGGUGGUCUCUAAUACAGUGUGUUACUCAUUCAGGCAGCUCAGACUUUCUCUCCUUCUAGUGCUGCAGUGGUGAAAGGAUUUCUGAAAGCAAGAAAGAGGUGCCAAACUCUGCAAAAUAUAUGACGUUGAUUAUCUUGUUCUCAGAUCCAUUUUAGCACAGGUAUUUUAAAGGAGUAUAGCUGCUGGAAAUGUGUCCAUUUUGUUUCUGUUUUCCUCAUGUUUAACUAGGUCUUCAUAUUAAGUUAGUGCUUUAGAGCAAGGGCUUUGAUGAGGACUGCAGAAAACAUGAAAUACUUUGUUCUGAGUUUGGGGGUUUGUUUUGGUGUGGGUUUUUUUAGUCUUUCUUUCUGCUCUUCUGUACUAGAGGAGAUAUUGAUUAUUUCCUUCUGUGGAGGCAAAAAGUUCAGCUGAACUUCAGUUUACCUACAUCUUUAGCAUUUGUUAGCAUCCUGUUGAAUCCACAGGGCAAAAAAAGAGGGAGAAGUAAGACCUGUAGCAUUCUGUUAAGAUGCCAGGUCCUCUCAUCUCCAUUGUAUAUAUAAAUGGUAAGACCACCACUGAGGAAAGACUUUGGAAGCAAAUAGCUCCGCACCUUGAUUAACUUGGUGUUUUGUUAUCUUUGCCUUCCCCUGCUGCUGUGUGACUUCAUGUCAUUUGAUGCUUCAGGCAAGAGAUAAGGAGGGAAGGGAGGGCGAGAGAGUGAUAGGUACAAUAGUACUCGGACCUUGCUUUCAGAGGAGCUCACAUUGGUGCUGCUUCACACAUGCUCUUCUCUGCUUUAGAGAAGACUUUUCACAAUUGCACUACACACAACACCUGCUAAAUUUUGGCAGCUGCAGUUUAGCUUUGGAAUUUCACAGAAAAAACCAACCACUUACAUAAUGUUGUGUGAACAAAAUGCACUCAAAAAUGAAGUAAAUUUCAGUGCAUCUUUUCUGUACAUAGCUGUGGCAGUUUGUAUUAUAAAAAUCUUCACCUUUUUAAAGACCAGCUGAUAACUCAGCAGAAUAGAAUACAUGCUCAAUAAAAAUGAGGGAAAAACUUGUAGUACAAAGGCUUUCUUCUUGUUGCAUUCCCCAUCUUUUUUAAAGGGGGUGUAUGUUGUUUUAUAUACAGUAAUAUGUUGAUUCAAUUUGUGAAUGAAUUGGAUGUUUAUAAAGAUAUAUCUCUGUAACAAUUUAAAAUAUAUUAGGAAGGCAGUAAUUUUGUACAAAAAUACUUUCCUUGACAGUCUGACAGUGGUUAUACAGCCUUGUAAAUUAAUUUAUAAGUGGACUGAUAAAAUAGUAAUGAGAGAAACUUGUAAAUUGAACAAAGACUUAUUUAACAUAGUAAAAAUACCGCUAAUAUUUUAACAAAUUUUAUUGUAUGUAGGCAGAUGUUUAACACAUAACUGAAUGUAUAAAUCCAGACAUUAAUUUUAUUCAGAUUUUUUUAAUACAUUGUAUAUAUUUUUCAUACCUAGUUUUUCCAAAAAUGCUGUAAUGUUUUUUAAAGACAUUUUUCAUUUUUGCUAUUGUUGGACACAGUUCUUCCAGAAUUAGACUUCUAUGAUUUUAUAGAACAACAAUCAAUAAAAUGCCUUUAAAU